CCCUUUCCCCGAGCAGGGACAACUCUGAUCACCAAACAGAUUACACUGAGCACAGGUCACCUCCACACGGUGGCUUCCCCAGGAGAAGGUGAAUAGCCUCCCGCAGAAUCAGGUCUUCGAUGUACAGCGAUGGGAGAAUGGACUAUCUUAGAAAGACUUCUGGAAGCAGCUGUGCAACAGCACAGUACUAUGAUAGGAAGGAUUCUACUGACAGUGGUGGUAAUCUUUAGAAUUCUCAUUGUGGCCAUUGUUGGGGAGACUGUUUAUGAUGAUGAGCAGACCAUGUUCGUCUGCAACACUCUCCAGCCAGGAUGCAACCAAGCGUGCUACGACAGGGCUUUCCCAAUUUCUCACAUAAGAUACUGGGUGUUUCAAAUUAUUAUGGUCUGCACACCAAGCCUCUGCUUCAUUACCUAUUCCGUCCACCAGUCUGCCAAGCAAAAAGAGAGAAGAUACUCCACAGUCUUCCUCACUCUGGACAGGGAAGGAGACAACGUAAAACGGGAGGACAGCAAAAAGAUUAAGAACACUCUGGUGAAUGGAGUCCUGCAAAAUACAGAAAACUCAACCAAAGAGGCUGAGCCUGACUGCUUAGAAAUCAAAGAAAUACCUAACCCUGCCAUUAGAACCACCAAAUCCAAAAUGAGGCGCCAAGAAGGCAUCUCAAGGUUCUACAUCAUCCAAGUAGUUUUCAGAAAUGCCCUGGAAAUUGGCUUUCUGGUGGGACAAUAUUUCUUGUAUGGCUUCAAUGUCUCUUCCAUCUACGAGUGUGAUAGGUAUCCUUGUAUCAAAGAGGUGGAAUGCUAUGUUUCCAGGCCAACAGAGAAGACUGUGUUUCUCGUUUUUAUGUUUGCGGUUAGUGGCCUAUGCGUUGUGCUGAAUUUGGCAGAGUUGAACCACUUGGGAUGGAGGAAAAUCAAGACAGCUGUAAGGGGUGUACAAGCCAAAAGGAAAUCCAUCUACGAGAUCAGAAAUAAGGACUUACCCCGAAUGGGUGUACCCAAUUUUGGCAGGACUCAAUCCAGUGACUCAGCCUAUGUGUGAGGAUAUUUCAAAUUGUAGCAUCUGAGAAUUGGGCCCUUGCAGCAUGACGAGAGGGGGAGGGUGUCUGAUUAAUGGAAUGCCCUUGGACGUGAUUGCCAUUGCAUUGCAGGAAUGAGCUGGCUGGCAAAGUUAAUACCAAUCAGUAGCAGCUGCCAGUAAUUUAAAUUGGCUGAAAUCUCUGGCACCGGUAGCUAUUAUUAAUAAUGUUUGUGAAUAUUAUAUUUGAUACAGGAUACUUUUGUACAACAUAACAACACAGACUACUUUCUUACAGAGCCUCCAUCUCUCCGAGCCAUCAAUUUUGAAGUUACGUGAUUGUAAACACACAACAAAGAGAGAUUGGUGAUUAUAUGGAGGGAUUAACUCCUCCCUUGACUGUUGAAUCAGACAAGUAUGUAGCAACUCAGUAUCAGAGACUACACUCAGACAUGAUGUUGGUAUUUGUGUGCAUUUUGGGGAAACUUGGUCUGAGACCUUAGGGUAGACUCUGGUCACACAUGCUGAAAUAGGGGUUAUACUGCCAAUAAAUAUUUGCUUAAAAAAAAAAAAAAAAA